UUUACGUGGAUGUAGAUGGGGGAAAGUUGUGCGUAAAAAGCAGCGUAGGUGGCAGAUUUAAAGCUGCAGGGAUCGAGUCGCCCGUACCGAAUUUCCUCGCUUUUAACAGCAAAAACUGCGUUGGUGGAAGAUAAUACUGAGAAUGUCAGCGUGGGAACCACAGCCAGGGGACCGAGUGUUCGCCAAAGUUCGCGGUUAUCCAGCUUGGCCGGGCAGGAUCGAGGAAGACCAUCCUUUGAUCCAAAAGUCAGCAAAGAAGCAUGUGGUCUUCUUCUAUGGAACCCAUGAAAUAGGCACAGUGUCCAUCAAAGACCUGUAUCCUUAUGAGCAGUUCAAAGACAAAUUCGGCCGUCCCAGCAGUCGUAGAGGUUUUAUGGAAGGUCUCCGUGAGAUUGAGGACAACCCUGCAGUUCAGCAUGUUGAGGUGGAUGAUGAUGACGAGGAAAACACAAGUGAAGAAGAGGAGGAGGAGAUGGAAGAAUGUGAGUGGGAGAAUGAAGACUCUGACAGCGAGGAUGAGAAGGGGAUAGACGAUGACAUCAAAGACGAGAGAAGUGAGAAGAAGAGCGAGCCAUCCAAAUCCCCCGGCAGCAGCCCCAAACGCCAGGCUGAGGUCCAGUCCUGGAGCUGGGACACGGAGAGCGACUCUGAUGAUGAUGAUGAUGGUGAUGAUGGUGACGUGCCGACUCCCCGGCCGGGGGCACAGAGUGAGAUCGAGGAGAGGAGACGUAAAAAUGUGGAAGAAAAUCGGGCCAUGCUGAAGCAGGCAUUGGCAGAGCUGAAGUCUAAUCCAGAGUUUAACAUCCCGCUCAAGAAGGCAAGAAAGUCACCCUCCAGAAGAAGAACAAUGGGUGAUGACAACUUCGUGCCCAGGAGAAACCCGAAGCGACUGAGCUACUGCAGUACCAGGACAAGUCCUCCCAUGACUCGGGCUCGUGGCAAUGACAACAACAACACCCCAAAACUACGUUUUAAGUUUGGCUUCAUGUUCAGCUCAGAGAAAAGACAAGGAAGCGAUGGGGAGGAUGAGGAUGAAAUCGCCCUUGAGGAAAGAGAGCUGCCCCAGCCCAAACGGCGGAGAAGUGGGGGCUACAGGGCACAGCCUCACCGUGUCGUGCCGGUGGAGGAGAUCACAGAAGAAGACUUGGAGCUGGUAGCAGACAGGGUGGCUGAUAAAGUGUACAAUUCUGUUCAUGGUACAAGCUGCCAUCAGUGUCGACAGAAGACUGCAGACACCAAGACAACCUGUCGCUCGGAGACCUGUGUUGGCAUCAGAGGACAGUUCUGUGGACCUUGUCUACGCAAUCGGUAUGGAGAGGAAGUCAAGGAAGCACUGAUGGAUCCAAACUGGACCUGUCCGCCAUGCAGGGGGAUCUGUAACUGCAGUUUCUGCCGGGCCAAGAAAGGUCGAGGUGCCACGGGCAUUCUCAUUCAUGCUGCCAAGCACCAUGGUCAUGACAACGUGCACGCCUUCCUCAAGAGUCUAAAGGCCUGAAGUGCAACAGUUCACAUUGGUGCUACUUUGACCAGCCAUUUGUGUGUUCAUCCUCAUCAAGAGCCAUCCUGUUCACCAAUAUUAACCGAGCCAUAGUGUACUAAAGACUAAUACACAUUUGUCAACCGUACGUUGUAGCUAACAAACCUAGCUGUAAUUAUAGUUCCAUGCUAUAUGUAUAUUCUUACGGACAGUUGGUGUUUUUAUAUGGUAGUUGCAUAGACCUUUUCACAGAUUUCAUUACAUGCAGGCACUAUAGGUAAGGUGUUGUCACGAUAAUGAAGUUCUUUGCCCCAUAAUGCCUCACAUUCCCAGCAUGCAAUGGGAUUAAUGAAAAAUUCUAUGAAAAAGGUUUGUGCAGGGGGCAG